AUGAGUGAACUGGUGGAUGAAUUGAUGAACAGAGACCGUGUGUUUGUGCCACAGGAGGGAAUAGACACACCGUAUUCAGGUGCUCCCGGUGGAGUAUUUGAUUAUGACAAUGACGAGGAUUACGAUGAUGAUGAUGAUGAUAGUGAUUACGAUACAGAUGAUAGCUUGGAUGAUGAGUUGAAGCUCAUAAACGCACAGCUGCAAUGGGAGGAAUCAUUAGAGCAGCUGAAGACACUCGUGGGAUUCGUUAUACUCCCUUUGAUUGGGAAGAUGUUGGGGAGAAGAGUUGCUGGAUUUGGUGAGUAUAUCUUAUUGAUUGAUCAAGCUUUCCACUAA